GCACAUGAAGUAUCAAAGUAGAUCGCUGGAGCACAUGAAGUAUCAAAGUAAAUCGCUGGAGCACAUGAAGUAUCAAAGUAGAUCGCUGGAGCACAUGGAAGUAUCAAAGUAGAUCGCUGGAGCACAUGGAAGUAUCAAAGUAGAUCGCUGGAGCACAGGGAAGUAUCAAAAUAGAUCGCUGGAGCACAUGGAAGUAUCAAAGUAGAUCGCUGGAGCACAUGGAAGUAUCAAAGUAGAUCGCUGGAGCACAGGAAAGUAUCAAAGUAGAAUGCUGGAGCACAAGGAAGUAUCAAAUUAGAUCGCUGGAGCACAGGGAAGUAUCAUAGUAGAUCGCUGGAGCACAGGGAAGUAUCAAAGUAGAUCGCUGGAGCAUAUGGAAGUAUCAAAGUAGAUCGCUGGAGCACAGGGAAGUAUCAAAGUAGAUCGCUGGAGCACAGGAAAGUAUCAAAGUAGAAUGCUGGAGCACAGGGAGGCAUCACAGGACAUUGUUGGAGCACAGGGAAGCAUCACAGGAGAUAGUUGGAGCACAGGGAAGCAUCACAGGAGAUUGUUGGAGCAUAGGGAAGCAUCACAGGAGAUAGCUGGAGCACAGAGAAGCAUCACAGGAGAUAGUUGGAGCAUAGGGAAGCAUCACAGGACAUUGUUGGAGCACAGGGAAGCAUCACAGGAGACUGUUGGAGCACAGGGAAGCAUCACAGGAGAUUGUUGGAGCACAGGGAAGCAUCACAGGAGAUUGUUGGAGCACAGGGAAGCAUCACAGGAGAUUGUUGGAGCACAGGGAAGCAUCACAGGAGAUAGCUGGAGCACAGGGAAGCAUCACAGGAGAUUGUUGGAGCAUAGGGAAGCAUCACAGGACAUUGUUGGAGCACAGGGAAGCAUCACAGGAGAUAGUUGGAGCACAGGGAAGCAUCACAGGAGAUAGCUGGAGCACAGGGAAGCAUCACAGGAGAUAGCUGGAGCAUAGGGAAGCAUCACAGGAGAUAGUUGGAGCACAGGGAAGCAUCACAGGAGAUAGCUGGAGCAUAGGGAAGCAUCACAGGAGAUAGCUGGAGCAUAGGGAAGCAUCACAGGAGAUAGCUGGAGCACAGGGAAGCAUCACAGGAGAUAGCUGGAGCAUAGGGAAGCAUCACAGGAGAUAGUUGGAGCAUAGGGAAGCAUCACAGGAGAUUGUUGGAGCACAGGGAAGCAUCACAGGAGAUAGUUGGAGCACAGGGAAGCAUCACAGGAGAUAGUUGGAGCACAGGGAAGCAUCACAGGAGAUAGUUGGAGCACAGGGAAGCAUCACAGGAGAUGGCUGGAGCACAGGGAUAAAUACUUUAAAUACAUUUGGUCUCUCAGCCUGUUAUUUAUAGUUUAAAGAAAAGACAUUUAUUGUUGCAUUGCAGUUUGAGAUAUUCACUGUUUUGUACCUUAAUUUAUUAUAUUGCAGAUGUGUGAAAAUAAAACUUAAUAUUCUGGAUAUUCUGGUUGUAUUUGUACAGCAUUUUAUUAGUAUUGCACUUUGGUAGUAAUGUAAUUGUACUUUAGUUGUAUUCUGUAUUGCAGUACUACCGCAGCUGUAUUGCAUUAUUAUUUUAGUACUACUUCAUCUGUAUUGCAAUAAUACUGCAGUUGUAUUGCAGCUUUAUUUUAGUAAUACUUCAGCUGUACUGUAGAUGUAUUUUAGUUAUAUUUUACUAGUACUUUAGAUGAACUGCAGUAAUACUGCAGUUGUACUCCAGUAAAACUUUAUUUUUAAAACAUCGAUUUUUAUAGGCUAUACUGCAAUUUUGCAGAUUUUUCAUGUCCAAAAAAUUGCAUUUUUCUAUAUGUAACAAAAACUGUAGUAUUCUAAAAAACUGCAGUAAUCUUUUGUAAGGGCUGCCACAUUUGUUUUGCAUGUGUUACGUGCAAACAGGAAACUGUCUCACCUCUUCCUUUCAGAGAAAUCGAAACCUUAGUGUAGAUAAGGCGCUGUGUAUUUCUUUCUUCUGUCUCUACAGUGAAAUGGCAGAAGCUAAAAUUUCAGUGGCUCGGGAUCAGUUCAGCUGUUCAGUCUGUCUGGAUCUACUGAAGGAUCCAGUGACCAUCCCCUGUGGACACAGUUACUGUAUGAGCUGUAUUACAGACUACUGGAAUCAAGAUGAUCAGACAAGAGUUUACAGCUGCCCUCAGUGCAGACAGACCUUCACUCAAAGACCUGCUUUAGGUAAAAAUACUAUGCUGGCUGAAGUGGUGGAGAAACUGAAGAAGACCAAAGAAGUCCAAACAGCUCGUACUGCUCUCAGUUAUGCUGGACCUGGAGAUGUGGGGUGUGACUUCUGUACUGGAAGGAAACGCAAAGCUGUGAAGUCCUGUCUGAUGUGUCUGGAGUCUUACUGUCAAAAUCACUUUAAGUGUCAUGAAGAAUCUCCUUUAAAGAAACGACAUAAAGUGACUGAUGCCACUGGACAACUGCAGGAGAUGAUCUGCCCACAACAUGACAGACUGCUGGAGGUUUUUUGUCGCACUGACCAGCGAUGUAUUUGUUUGAUGUGUGUGAUGGAUGAACACAAAAAUCACGAUACUGUUCCAGCUGAAGCAGAGAGGACAGAGAAACAGAAAAAGGUUGGAGAGAUACAAGGAAAAUUCCAGCAGAGAGUCCAAGAGAGACAGAAAGAGCUUCAGGAGCUCAGAGAGGCUGUGGAGACUCACAAGCGUUCUGCACAGGCGGCAGUGGAGGUCAGUGAGAGGAUCUUUACUGAACUGAUCCGCUCUAUUGAGAGAAGCCGAUCUGAGGUGACACAGAUGAUCAGAGAUCAGGAAAAGGCUGCAGUGAGUCGAGCUGAAGGACUCUUGAAGCGACUGGAGCAGGAGAUUGAUGAUCUGAGCAGGAGAGAAGUUGAGCUAGAGCAGUUUUCACACACAGACAACCACAUCCAUUUCCUACAGAGCUUCCAGUCUCUCUCUGAACAUCUGGAAUCCACAGAUGUAUCCAGCGUUACUGUCAGUUCUGUCCUCUCUUAUAAAGAUGUGAGAAAACCUGUCUCUCAACUGAAAGAAAAACUGGAGAAGUUCUGUAAAGAAGAGAUGAAAAAAAUAUCUGGUCGAGUAAGAAACAUCAACAUCAUUUCCAGUAAUGAACCCAAGACUAUGGAGGAGUUCCUACAGUAUUCCCAUCAGCUCAGUCUGGAUCCAAACACAGUGAAUAAACACGUUCAUCUGUCUGAGGAUAACACAGUGGCUACUUACACUGACACAGUCGAGGCUUAUCCUGAUCAUCCAGACAGAUUUGAUGUUUGGCCUCAGGUGUUGUGUAGAGAGAGUGUGUGUGGACACUGUUACUGGGAGGUGGAGUCGAGUGAGGGUAUGGGAAUAUCAGUGUCAUAUAAGAGCAUCAGAAGGAAGGGAAAGACUAAAGAAUGUAUCUUUGGAUUUAAUGAUCAGUCCUGGAGAUUGUCCUGCUCUGCUUCCAGUUACUCAUUCUCGCACAACAGCAAAACAGUUCAACUCCCUGUAAUCUCCAGCUCCUCUAGAAUAGGAGUGUAUGUGGAUCACAGAGCAGGAAUUCUGUCCUUCUACAGUGUCUCUGACACAAUGACCCUCAUCCACAGAGUCCAGACCACAUUCACUCAGCCGCUCUAUCUUGGGUUUUGGCUUUAUAAUCAACAGCAAAACUGUGUCAUAUAAGAGGCUAAUAGAAAUCCUACAAAUAUUUUCAUAUCUCAUGCUUGAGCUACAUGUUGAAUCACUUACAGUAAGAGCUUUGUUUUGGGCUUAAAUUCUAGUUGAAUGUAUGUCACUAAAAUAAUAUAUAAGCAAGUGGUGUAAGCAUGUGGUGUCAACUUAUGUUUCUGCUUGCUGGUGGGUGCCCACCCUCCAGUACACUGCCAAUAUAAUUGUUUCAUAUAUAUAUAUAUAUAUAUAUAUAUAUAUGCACAUUUGAUUAUAGUUUGAUAGAUGUACAUUUGAUUUUGUUGUACAUUGUUAUUGACCCAGCCAGUAUAGUGACAAUGAAAGCGCUCAAGCUGAAUAUGAAAUCUGAAUGAAAUAUAGUAAUAUGUAAACAAUAUGAUUUAUGCAUAAGUCACUGUUUGGCAUGGGUUCGGUACAGCAGGGGGGAGACAACUAAACACAAAAUUGCUUCUUUUUUUCCUUUUUUUUAUUAAACAGUGGUUUACUGAACAAA